GCAAUGAUCCACGUCUCUUUGUGGAUGGGAUCAGCUCCCAUGACUUACACCAGGGCCAGGUCGGGAACUGCUGGUUCGUGGCUGCCUGCUCCUCCCUGGCAUCCCGGGAGUCUCUGUGGCAGAAGAGAGCCACACACUGCUGAGGACGGAGCAGAGGAGCAGCCAAGCUGAUGGCAGCUGAGGCAGGGAUGCUUGAGCUGCCCUUCACCUGCGAUGAGCAGCUCACCCAGCGCAUGCGGCUGCGGUUCCAGAGCCUGCAGCAAAACAACGCAAGGCCCCAGGAUGGCGAGAAGCUGCUGCGUCCCAAUGAGCACAUCUACCGAGUCGAUUUCAUCCAGCAGCACAAACUGCGCUUCCUCCGCUGGGACGUGCAGCUGGAGAGACCUGGGAAGGUCAUGGUGACUGGCACCUCCCAGCACUGGACCCCUGAUCUCACCCACCUGAUGAACCGGCAGCUGCUGGAGCCGGUGGGCAUCUUCUGGAAGAGGCUAGGGGCUGAGGAGGUGGAGUGCAAUGAGGCAGAUGCCCAGGAAUUUGGGGAGCGGAUAGCAGAAUUAGCCCAGAUCCGCAAGGUGAUGUAUUUUCUCCUCACUUUCACUGGUGGCCUCGAACCAGCUCAGCUGAAAGGCUCCAUUGUUUUUAAAGCUUGAUCCCCUCUUGCUCAGCUUUUCUCGCUCCAGCUACGCUUCUUUCAGUUCAGUUCUUUGUUCCAUUUUUACAUCUGGUUUUUGGGUUGGUUUUUUAUUUUAGAGGCAGCACUGUGGUAAAGCAGAGAACAGCUCAGUGCUUCUGGAGCCCCUUAGCCCUCUGAAAUAUUCCCCAGAU